UCGAUCGCACUUUGUGAAGUCGUUUGGUGUGUCGGUUGCGUUGCUUGUAGUUGAGUGUGUUGUUUUUGUUUGUGUUGCGAUAUGGUGUCAAGUGCUAGUGCUGUGUAUAAACUUUCUCCGCUGUCAGUCAGCCACUCAUACUAGGCUGUGCACUUGGAUUUCCUGUCUUCAACGACAGUGAACACCUUAAAGAACACAACUGGUCGACCAGGCAUUGACAAUGAUUUGGUAAAUGUGGCCAAGAUACUUAUUGAGGAAAUACUAAGAAAUUCUAUGAUAUUUACGAGAUGACAACUUACAACAGGUUCAUCCAACAUCUCAUUAUGAAUGGUUCAGGAAAAUCCAACGUGUAUUGGAAGCUGGAUGUAGACAGUGGAGGCAUGGCAAGUCCUUCUCCUCAGCCAUCUCCAAUGCCCCCACCUCAGACACCUUCACCUAUGGGUCCUCCCCAGCAGUCUCCUUCCCCUAUGCCAUCUCCAUCAGGUAUGGCUCCUCCUCAAGCCCCUUCGCCAAUGGGCCCUCCACAGCACCACUCCCAUAGUCCAACAGGCUACAGUCAAGGACCUCCACCUGGAAUUAUGCAUAUGAAUGGCCCUUCUGCAAUGCAGCAGGGUACUCAGACAUUCCAACAGCAUACCAUGGUUCCACAGUCAUUUGGUGGCCAGCCUGAUGCACAGAAGCCAGCUCCGCAACAUUCAUUUUCUCCUGGCCAAUUGCAACAACUCCGUGUGCAGAUUAUGGCAUAUAGAUUGUUGGUACGGAACCAGCCACUCUCACAACAGUUGGCACUUGCAGUGCAGGGCAAGCGACUUGAUACUCCAGUACCACACCCCACGCAGUGUCCCACACCUCCAUCACCAUUUCAGCAACAGCAACAGUCACGUUCUCUUCAGAUGCAGCCACCACCGCCUGAUAGUGGAGUAUCCGUAUGUCCUCCUCCAUCCCCAUCACCAAUGCCGGCACAAAUGGCACCCCCAACAUGUCCAUCAGCGUCUCAACAGAAGCCAUUAAUGCCCCCACGCUUGGGCACACCUGCCCCUCAGGCCCCACCACCACAAACUCAGCGACCUCAGAUGGCACCACAGCAGCCUCCACAUAAUCAUCAACAAGCAGCAGUGACAGCAGUGCCACCACCACCACCUCCACUGCAGCAACAGCAAAUGCAGCAAGAACAGCAACAACCACCACCACAACAGCAACAACAGCAGCCGCCGCAGCAGCAGCAACAACAACAGCCACAGCAGCAACAACAACAGCAGCAGCAACAACCGCAGCAGCAGCAACAGCAACAUUGUGGCCCUGGAGGUCAGCAGAAGCAAAACAGGGUCACAUCGGUACCACGACCGGUGGGCAUUGAUCCACUGCUUGUCCUUUCUGAGCGCGAGAACAGGGUAGCAAAUCAAAUAUACAUGCGUAUACAACAGCUCAUCAACUUGCCACAAGAUUUGCCAGAGGAAAUUAAAAUAAAGGCAGAAAUUGAGUUGCGUGCAUUACGAGUUUUAAAUUUUCAGAGACAAUUGAGAAGUGAGAUACUUGCUGCCACUAGAAGGGACACUACUCUUGAGACUGCACAGAUAAUGAAGAUGUACAAACGUACCAAAAGACAAGGUUUGCGGGAGGCACGAGCAACAGAGAAACUGGAAAAACAACAAAAAUUGGAAGCAGAGCGGAAGCGAAGGCAGAAACAUCAAGAGUUCCUCAUAUCUGUCUUGCAACAUGGAAAGGAUUUCAAAGAGUACCAUCGAAAUAAUGUAGCAAAAAUAGCAAGACUUAACAAAGCUGUCCUAAAUUACCAUGCUAAUGCUGAACGGGAACAGAAGAAAGAGCAAGAACGCAUUGAGAAGGAACGUAUGCGUCGUUUAAUGGCUGAAGAUGAGGAAGGAUAUCGGAAACUAAUUGACCAAAAAAAGGAUAAACGAUUAGCAUUCUUGCUGUCACAGACAGAUGAAUACAUUGGAAAUUUAACCGAAAUGGUUAAGCAACAUAAAAUAGAGCAGAAACGGAAACAGCAAGAAAUGAAACAGAAGAAGAAAAAGAAAAGGAAGAAGAAGAAGAAGAAAAAUGCAGAAGGAGAAGGUGACACACUAGAAGGUCAGACUGAUGAAAACUCUCAAUCAUCUGAUACUCGUGUCACUGUCAUUGAAACUUCUAGUGGAAAACAGCUCAGUGGAGAAGAAGCUCCUUUAGAAAGCCAACUUCAGGCAUGGUUGGAGGCACAUCCAGGCUGGGAAGCUGUGCCACAAGAUGAUGAUGAGGAGGAUGAAGAAGAUGGAGAUGAAGAAGAUGAUGACGACGAAGACAACUCUGAUGAUUCAGAUGAUGAAGACCAAGAAUUUUCUGCCAACAGUAAAGAUGACAGUUCUGAUCCUACUAAAUCAGAUGCAGAUAAAGCAAGGGAAGUAAUAAAGAAAGCUAAAGUUGAGGAUGAUGAAUACAAAUCAUCAACAGAGGAACAGACUUACUACAGCAUUGCCCACACCAUCAAUGAAAUUGUGACUGAACAGGCAACUAUUUUAGUUAAUGGAAAACUGAAGGAAUACCAGAUAAAAGGACUGGAGUGGCUGGUGUCUCUAUACAACAACAAUCUGAAUGGAAUUCUUGCAGAUGAGAUGGGUCUUGGAAAAACUAUUCAGACAAUUGCACUUAUCACCUAUCUAAUGGAACGCAAGAAAGUCAAUGGGCCAUUUUUGAUUAUUGUCCCAUUGUCGACGUUAUCAAACUGGGUGCUGGAGUUCGAGAAGUGGGCACCGUCUGUUAUUGUUGUUGCCUAUAAAGGUUCUCCUGCUAUGCGUCGUCAGAUCCAGAGCCAGAUGCGGUCAACAAAGUUUAACGUGCUACUCACGACUUACGAAUAUGUCAUCAAAGAUAAGGGGAUGCUUGCAAAAUUACAUUGGAAAUACAUGGUCAUUGAUGAAGGCCAUCGCAUGAAAAAUCAUCACUGCAAGUUAACACAGGUUUUGAACACUCAUUAUGUUGCCACUCACCGUCUUCUCCUUACUGGUACACCUCUUCAGAACAAGUUGCCUGAACUUUGGGCAUUGCUGAACUUUUUACUUCCCUCUAUAUUCAAAUCCUGCAGUACAUUUGAACAAUGGUUCAAUGCACCAUUUGCUACAACUGGAGAAAAGGUGGAGUUGAAUGAGGAGGAGACAAUACUGAUCAUAAGACGUCUUCACAAGGUUUUACGGCCAUUUCUUCUGCGACGUUUGAAGAAAGAAGUAGAGUCUCAGUUACCAGAUAAAGUGGAGUACAUUGUUAAAUGUGAUAUGUCCGGCUUGCAGCGUGUGUUGUACAGGCACAUGCAGAGCAAAGGUGUUUUAUUGACUGAUGGUUCAGAAAAAGGAAAGCAAGGAAAGGGAGGAGCUAAGGCCCUGAUGAACACUAUUGUCCAGCUGCGAAAACUUUGCAACCAUCCUUUCAUGUUCCAGCAUAUUGAAGAAAAAUACUGUGACCAUGUAGGAAGUCAGACAGGUGUUGUGACAGGGCCAGAUUUAUAUCGAGCUUCUGGGAAGUUUGAGUUGCUGGAUCGUAUUCUACCAAAAUUGAAGGCUACAAAUCACCGUGUAUUGCUGUUCUGCCAAAUGACUCAACUAAUGACUAUUAUGGAGGAUUAUCUGAGCUGGCGUGGUUUCACAUAUCUGCGUUUAGAUGGAACAACAAAAGCUGAAGAUCGUGGUGAAUUGCUCAGAAAGUUCAAUAGUCCAGAUUCAGAAUUUUUCCUGUUUUUGUUGAGCACCAGAGCUGGUGGUUUGGGUUUGAACCUUCAGGCUGCAGAUACUGUAAUUAUAUUUGACUCUGACUGGAAUCCUCACCAGGAUCUCCAAGCCCAAGACCGAGCACAUCGAAUUGGGCAGCAGAACGAAGUACGUGUGCUGCGUCUAAUGACAGUGAACUCUGUUGAAGAACGUAUUUUGGCAGCGGCUCGUUACAAACUGAAUAUGGAUGAGAAAGUGAUACAGGCUGGCAUGUUUGAUCAAAAAUCAACUGGUUCUGAGAGACAGCAGUUUCUACAGAGUAUUCUUCACCAGGAUGAAGCUGAGGAAGAGGUAUGGUGAAAAGUUCAAUAGUUUUUACAUUGCAUGUAUUAGAGAACACAUUGCAAUAAAAUAGACUGAAAGACUAUAAAGGUUUAUUAGUGAAGACAUUUAUGGAACUCUACAGUUGGAUGUCAGCAGUAAGUUUUCAUCAAACGAUUAGGUGCUUUGUAUUGUGUAACUGCAGAGUAUGGUCCAUUAUAUGGAAUUAGAAUCAUGGCUUGACUACCUUGGUUUGCCCUUAUGGCAUUUGCCACACCAAGUAUAUUAGGUGUGCUUAGACACACAAUUCUCUGCGUCAGUUGACUUGCACUUCCCCAGUGCCCCAUUAAGGUGGCCACAAUAGUAGCUCAUCCUUGACACUCAUGCAAAAGCGUACUCGCCAAAGCAUGCUUGUGCGUAUGUAGUACAAAUUUACACAAGCAUCAAGCAGCUUGAAGCUUGAACGAAUUUCAAUUACGUACGCUUGUGCAAGCUUUCAAGUGUUAGCAUGAUUGAGCAUGUUUACUCUUAAAUUACAUUCUGUGCAAAGGUUGUAUUGUAAUGUAGGACAAAGUCAUAGAAUGCAGUAUUACAUGGCAAAAAGUGAGAAUAAAAAUAGUAAG